GCACCUUCGAGGACUUCCUCACUGAAGAGCACAUCUACCACGUGGAAGAAACCAGUGAGGACCAAGGGUCUCCAAUGCCAGUGAAACGCUGGAAGACGCUGAUCUCCAACUCUCAGACCCAGCUGAACAAACUUCAUGCCUAUGUGGAUAAC